AUGGGUUUGCGUAAUUUGGAGGAUAUGCAAAAAGCAUUGCAUAUGCGGUUUGCAUGGAACUUAAUUCAAGGAGAGUCUCUGUGGGCUAGGUUCUUUAAAGGAAAAUAUGUGGGCUCUUCACCUUGGUGUAUCAUUGAUAGGAAAAAAAGAACGAGGUUUUGGAAAAUGAUUGUUAAUAGUAUUCCUUGUGUCCUUAAUAAUGCAAAAUGGAGAGUUAGAGAUGUGAACAUUUUAUUUUGGUAUGAUAAAUGGAGAGAUGGGGGUCCGUUAAUUGAUGAGUUCCAGAUAGUGGGUAAUCUGAUGCUGAAAGUUAAAGAGUGCAAGUUGUCCAAUAGUUGGGACGUGGAACUGUUGAGUAUGAUAGGAGGACAGGAUAAUUUGGAGGAAAUUAUUGAGGCUUUGGCCGUAUGUUCUAGCAUGGAGUGGCAUCCUUGGAUGUGGCAUAAGUUGCUCCCACUUAAGAUUUCAGUGUUGAUGUGGAAAGCAUGGAACAUGGCUUUGAGCGUAGAUGAUCAUCUUCGACGUAUUGGAAUCCCGAUAGUUUCUCGUUAUGAUUGUUAUGACGAAGGUAAGUAUGAAGACCAAAACCACACACUUUUUGAAUGUGAGUUUGCAAAGGAAUUAUGGCAUUAUUAUGGAGCUACCUUUGGUCUUCCUCUUGGUCUUACUUGGAGGGAGACGAUUUUACAGAUAUUGAAUAUUCCGGCUUUGGUUCCUGAUAGGAAGUUUUUAAAGCUAGUUGCUUGGCAAAAGCUAGCUCAAGGGUGGUUUAAGUUGAAUACAGACGGUAGUAGUCUUGGUAACCCAAGUUCUUCAAGAAUGGGUGGUAUUAUUAGAAAUGAUCAAGGCCAUAUGGUUUACACCUUCAAUUCUUAUAUUGGUUAUGGUUCAAAUAAUAGAGCUGAAUUGUUAGCUGUUCUGCAGGGUCUCAAAGCUUGUAAGGAUCUGGGGAUUAAUUUUGUGAAAAUUGAAUUAGAUUCUCAAGUUGUGAUCUCGUGGUGGAAUAGGCGACGAGGUGAGGUGUGGUACUUGGAAGAUUUUUGGGAAGAGACUCUAGCACUUAUGGAUUCUAUGGUAUGCAUAGCUAGACAUGUUUAUUGGGAGGGAAAUAAAGUUAUUGAUUGGUUGGCAAGGAAUGUUGCAACUGGAUUGAACUCUGAUGGAGAUUUCUCAGGGAUGUGCCUAGGUUGCUUCGAGGAUUAA